CCGAAAGUGAUCGAUGGCAAUCUCGGACUCGACCUCCAACCUGCUCCCUUACUGCUUCAAGUUCCUGCAACCGCUGCGUCAAAUACAGCUCCAGGGACUAGUCUGGAAUAGAUCACACUAUGAAUGCCGUCGCAUCCUCUUCCACCACUAGGGAGCUCUACCGCUCCUUACUACGGGAAGUCCGGCUCGCCGCAAAGAAGCCGAGGAGACAACGAGGCUCUGGGACAGAAAAACAAUUCAGGACGAUGAUCUCAGCAUCUUCUUUGGAAGGACAGACUGGAAAGGUCGACAAAAUGUUGAUCGAAGCGAGAGAUUAUCUGCGAUCAUCACGGAUUCACGCGGAGCUGCUGAAACGAUACAAUCCUACACUUGGAAUGACGGACGCGGAGAAGGUUCACGCUGCUGCUAGAAGGGUCGGACUGGAUACUCCGAUCAAGUACAAGCCGGAAUAGAGGAUGUAUCAUGAGAAGA